AUUUAGUAUUAUGAAUAUACUCAUGGAUCACUUAAAGGCUAAUGACCAAGUAUUGUUUAUUUGGAAUUCAAACAUUUCUGAACAUGAUAUAAAAGAACAGGUAAAAUCUCUUGGUGAAAAAGUUACAAGUGGAGGUAAAGUUCAAGUGGAGAAUGCUGAAAUAUUAUUAAGCUCUGAACAUCAACAAUCUUCAUUUGAUGUAGUUUUUUCUGGUACACCUUUGUCUCCCUUUUUUCAUACAGAUGAUCUACUUGCGAAAAUAGUUAAGCUUUUAAAACCAAAUUGUUAUUUUCAAUUUUUUGAGUUAGCAGAAGACAGAUCUGCAGAAAAGAUUGUAUCAACUUUGACUCUUACUGGAUUUAAAAAUAUUAAGGUUUUAGGAGAAAAACUUCUUACUGUCACUUGUCAAAAACCUGAAUUUGAAGUUGGAAAAUCUUCGAGAUUGCCUUUAUCAUUAACCAAAAAAGCUGCAAAAGAAAAUAAUGUAUGGACAUUGUCUGCUUUGGAUAUGAAAGAUGAAGAAGUAGAUAUCAUUGAUUCUGAUGCCUUACUAGAUUCAGAAGAUCUUGAACGUCCAAAUAUGACUACCAUAAAAGAUUGUGGAACAAAUAAUGCUGGUAAAAGAAAAGCUUGCAAAGGAUGCACUUGUGGACUUGCAGAAGAAUUAGAAAAAGAAAAUGCUCCUGUUAAACCAAAGUCAGCUUGUGGUAGUUGUUAUUUGGGAGAUGCAUUUCGAUGUGCCAGUUGUCCCUACCUUGGUAUGCCACCAUUUAAACCAGGUGAUCAAAUUACGCUUUCUGAGCGACAACUAAAACCAGAUGUAGACUCAAUAGCAACAUAAUAGACAUUAUGAAAAUAACUUUAGUGUAGAAAAAUGUAAGACGUAUUUUUUUCAUGAUACUCGAGCUAUAUAAAAUCAAUUCUUUUCUUCAUUUUUUGUUGUAUAAUUUUGCAUCAUAAAAGUUUUGUAUAUAUAAAUGGUGUACAAGAAAAAUGUAGUUGUUUUUCAUGAUACUUGAAUAAAAUCACUUCUUGGC